AUGUAUGAGAAAUGUUGGCAGGAUGAAAUGUAUUUGAAAUGUUGGCAGGAUGAAAUAUAUUUGAAAUGUUGGCAGGUUGAAAUGUAUGAGAAAUGUUGGCAGGAUGAAAUGUAUUUUAAAUGUUGGCAGGUUGAAAUGUAUGAGAAAUGUUGGCAGGUUGAAAUGUAUGAGAAAUGUUGGCAGGUUGAAAUGUUGGCAGGUUGA